UGUCUCCCUUCAAUAAUACACGUGUUUUAUAGAUGAUACAAACUAAUGUUUACGUAGUUUGUAAUGGUAUUAUUAUAACAUCUAAAAUAAAAUGGGAUUAAUUAAACAAGAAGUACACCGAGCCGGUGGAUUUAAGCAAUCAAAUAAGCCUCACAAAACUGGCAGACAUCGUAGUAAAGGUUCAAUAAGUAGCGAUGUUAAAGGAAAAGUUGGGAUAAAAAUUCUGUCAAAAUGCAUACACAAAAAUCUUGGAAAGGAAGCACGAAGACAUCAGUCUUCUCAAAUUAGAAAAAAGAAGAGGGAAGAUGUAUUGCAAAAGAAAAGAAAUCUUGGUGGAUCUAAUUCUGCACCUAUUCUUGUAUGCAUUAUUCCAUUGCAGAAAGAUAUAGAUGUUCAAAAUGUAUUAUCAAGAAUAAUAAAAGCAGACGAGACUGCAAAUGCAAUUAAUAGUCAAUGCGGUACAACUCAUAUAAGCAUACUUAGACUCAAGCAAAGUUUUUCCAUUAUUAUUCCACCAGUUGGUAAUUUGUUUGCUACAUUGGAUGCAGCGAAGGUAGCUACAACUAUUCUUUUUGUCGUGUCUGCUAUAAAUCAGGAUGAUAAUAAUCCAAGAAAUGAAGUUCUUGAUCAGUGGGGCGAAGAAGUCAUUAUGCCUUGCGUCGCUCAAGGUUUAACUACUCCAGUAGUAGCUCUUAUGAAUGUUGAAAGUCUUCAUGUAAAGAAACGUCAAGAGUAUAAAAACCAUGUACAAUCUAAAAUUUCCAAAUGGCUUCCGGAAGAAAAAAUUUCUCAGUUAGAUACAUCUACUGAUGCUUUAAAUGUUUUAAGACGAAUCGGAUUUCAAAAACAAAGAACUGUCUCUUACAAAAAUAAACGAGCCCAUCUUUUAGCAGAGGAACUAAAAUUUAAAUGCAACGAAGACUCCACAAAGCUUGGGACUCUUAUGAUCUCAGGAUAUCUUAGAGAUGUACCAUUAUCAGUCAAUAGUUUAAUACACAUACCUGGAUUUGGAGAUUUUCAAAUGUCUCAAAUUGAUGAAAUUCCAUAUCCGAUAGAAAAGAGACAAAGGAAACACUGCAAUGCAAUGGAUGAUGAACCAAUUACUAUUAGGAUUCUUGAACGUGCAAAUCCAGAGAAACAAGAAUCUCUUGAAAGUGAAAAUGUACCUGAUCCUAUGGACGUUGAACAAACUUGGCCUACAGAAGAAGAAUUGGCCCAGGCUGCAGUUGCUCGAAAACAGAAAAUUUUAAAGAAAGUUCCGAAAGGAACCUCUGAAUACCAAGCAGCUUGGAUCCCUGAUGAAGAUGGAGUGGAAUUGAGCGAUGAAUACUCGGACGAUGAGUCAGAAGAUAAGAUGUCUGUAGAUGAAGCCAAAUCUCAAGUAGGCAGUGAAGCAGAAGCAGAAGAAGAUGAGGAAUAUGAAACAAUUACUGUCUCAGAAGCAGCUCCUGAUGAGCAUCGAUAUGAUCAGGAUAUUGAUACAAUAGAAGAAAAGGCAGCUAUGGAGAAAGUAAAACUAGCAAAAUUGGAUGCACAAUUUCCUGACGAAGUGGAUACGCCUCAAGAUAUGUUGGCUAAACAGAGAUUCCAAAAAUAUCGAGGAUUGGAAUCAUUUAGAACAAGUUCGUGGGAUCCAAAAGAAAAUCUUCCCAUCGACUAUGCUCGUAUAUUUCAGUUUCAAAAUUUUGAUCGAACGCGUAAACGUAUAUUUAAAGAAUCCCGGGACAUAGAAGGAGCUAUGCCUGGUUGGUACAUCAGAAUCCAUGUUGCGAAUGUUAGGCAAGAUCUUUUCACUGCAUUUUCAGCAUUGGAAAAUCCUCCAUUAAUUGUGUUUGCCUUACUUCCAAAUGAACAUAAGAUGUCCUUUUUAAAUUUAGUACUAAAACAUACCAAUAUUAAUUCGGAACCAAUCAAAUCUAAAGAACGAUUGAUAUUUCAAUGUGGGUUCAGAAGAUUUACUGCAUGUCCAGUAUUUACUCAGCAUACAAAUGGGAAUAAACACAAGUAUGAGCGGUACUUUCGACCCGAGAGUACAAUUGUUGCAAGUAUGUACGCGCCAAUUAUUUUUCCACCUUGUCCAGUUUUAUGUUAUCAUGAAAAAUUGAACGGAUCAUUGGAAUUAAUUGCAACUGGUAGUGUAUUGUCUGCAAAUCCAGAUAGAAUCGUCGUGAAAAGGAUAGUUCUUAGCGGUCAUCCUUAUAAAGUUCAUAAACGAUCAGCAGUUAUAAGAUUUAUGUUCUUCCAUCGAGAGGACAUAAAUUGGUUCAAGCCGGUUCAAUUGCGAACGAAAUAUGGUCGUAGGGGCCAUAUAAAAGAACCAUUAGGUACUCACGGUCAUAUGAAAUGUGUAUUUAAUGGUCAACUAAAGUCGCAAGACACAAUACUAAUGAAUUUGUAUAAACGAGUAUUUCCGAAGUGGACAUACGAACCUCUACUGUUGACACAGUGGUUGCAUCAAGACAAGGAUAUGAACGUGGAAUAACAUCUAUCGAUCGACAAUAUUUGAAUGUAUAUA